UUGUUUAAUUUAAAACGCCACGAUGUUUGCUUCUCAGCGUCGAACAGCGCUGACUCAUGCUCAGCAGGAGAAGCUGCAAGUGGAAAACAGAAGGAAAGAAAACCUAAGAGAAGAUUUUCUAAAAAAUUUAAAAGAUGAUACUUUGAUCCGUGCAAAUGUGAAGAGUGAGGAUCGUGUUGCGGAUAAAAGGUUCAUCCGAACACUGCAGAGGGAGGAGCAGGAGCGAGUGAUGGAGGAAGCCAUCUUGAAAGCGGAGCAAAAUAGUCGGCAGCGGGAAGAGCAGCUCGCGCAGGAGGAGAGGAUGGCUCGUCAGUUGGAGCAGAUUAAACUGGAGAAGAUUCGAGAUGAAAAGAUGCGGCAGCAGCUCCGGGAUAAUAGUCUCGAGCUUAGGGAGUUGGAAGCUAAACUAAAAGCUGGGUAUAUGAAUCGAGAAAGGGCGGCACAGAUCGCGGAAAGAGAUGCUAUUAAGUUGCAAGGGAUGCAGAGGGACUCUAAGAUCGCUCGUCAGAUGAAAGAGGAGUUUGAAAGAGCAGAGGAGGCAGAGCAACAAAAGGAGCUUGAGCGUUGGCAAGAAAGUGUUCGCUAUCAACAAGAGCUGGAACGGCAGCUUGAAGAGAAAGAGCAUAAGAAGCAAGAGGCGUAUGAAGAGUUCCUGAAAGAAAAACUCAUGAUUGAUGAAAUCGUUAGGAAGAUUUAUGAGGAGGAUCAAAGGGAUCAGGAAAUGAGGUUGGAGAAGCAACACGCGACGCAGAGAUUUGUGGAGGAGUUUAAGCAAAAGAGGGAUGAAUGGAAAAGAUUGGAACGCGAACGUUUGGAAGAGGAGAAUAGAAAAAUACUUCAGUUUGCGGAUAUGCAACAAGUUAGGGAGAAUGAGAGAAUGGCUAAGCAGCAAGAACAAGAAAAUGCGAAGGCACUGGUGCAGCAACAACUUGCCACUAAGAUUGCUAGGGAGCAGAGUGAAAAGGAAGAAAGAGAAAAUAUUCUUCAGGAUCUUUAUCUGGAAGAGCAAGAGGAAGCUGAGAGGCAAAAAGAAAUGGCGGAGCAGGAGAGAAAGCUUCGACAGAGGAUUGAACUCCAGGAAACGCACCAGAAGCAAAUGGAAUUCAAGCAAAUGAGGAUGGAAGCGGAACAGCAAGAAGAGGAAGAGUUCCGGAGGCAGAUGCUUGCUAAAUUUGCGGAGGAUGAUCGAAUUGAGCAGAUGAAUGCUCAGAAACGAAGAAUGAAGCAGCUCGAGCACAAGCGGGCAGUUGAUGCUCUCAUUGAGGAUCGGAGGCGGCAGUUUGAGGAGGAUAGACAACGAGAAAUUGAUCAGCUCCAGGAAGAGGAGAGGAUUCAAGCUAUGCGGAGACAGAUCUUGGAGGAGGAGAGGCAGAAACUUCUUAAAGAGCACGCAACGAAACUUCUUGGGUAUCUUCCUAAAGGUGUCCUCACCAGCGAUAAAGACUUGGAAAUAUUUGAUGAAAAUUUCAGGAAAGCUUAUCAGAAGAGACGUGUUGAUCCCUUUGAUGACUAUUAAUGCUUUCCACUUAAUGGCUGCAAGUUUUGAAUGUUUUUUGUCCCAUUGACUGUUGUAGCACUUUUACUGCAAGUUUUCAACAAGGCAUUGUGAAAAAUUUAAGUUUGUCUCUUUUGACACUUUGUUACAUUUUAUGGGUAUUUGUUUUUUGCUUCAUUUGUGUAACUGCAUAAAACGGUGAACUAAAAAUAUGAAAAAAA